ACGAGGACAGCAAAAAACGCCAUCUGGACCUCUAUCUUAGCUUUUUAUCAACAAACUGAAAAUUUCACGCACCAACCGGGUUUUGAGGCCAAGAAGAUGAAGAUUAUUCCUCUGUCUCUAAUGGUGUCAUUUUUAGCCUGGAUUAUUGAAGGUGAGGAUGAAAUUAUUAAAUCAUGAUGAUUUAAUUUUUGUCACUGAAAAUUAAAAUUCGUUAAUACUUCGCGGUAGCAAAUGAUUUGACAUAACUGAAUGGACAUCGGUAUACAACGAGCUCAAACCUAUAAUCAUCCUCAAAAAAUCUAUGUAGUACUAGUCAUAUACAUAACAAACAUUUAAUCAUCUGUGUAGUCGUAUGAGUGAAUUUUUUUCCUGUUGUAGAUAAGGAGACAAUUUUCAGUAGAAUGAAAGUUCCGUGCAGUCACAAAAUUUUGCCUUCUUUAAUUUUUCACUGUGUGUUCUGUGGGAACAAUGUUGUUUGAGUGGAUAAUAUACAAAGCCCUGAAAGACCGACAGAUAAGCAGAUUACAUCGUUUUCAAGUUUUAUUCCAUUCAGGGAUCACGCCGGUGAGCCGAAUCUCCUCUCGAAACUGAUAUUAUAUUACCCACCAAGGGAAAUGUUAUUUCAGUAAUUAUCUAGCCAAGUAUUUUUUUUUCACCCAGACGAGACCAUGCAUGAGGGUCCGGAAGUGCGAAAUACCGUAUUUGUUCCGAUCAACAAAUUGUGUGGGUAGCCUGUGCUUACAGCAACAGCGUCAGUGUUUCAUUUCUCGUAGCCAAUAUUGUAAUCAGAAGGGGAGAGAGGACAGCAGGUCCAGUUCCCUUUUUUUCUUCGCUUACCCCUAAGUUACGAAGGAUUCUAUACAGUUGGAGAUAGUUCGCGAGGCUUGCGAAUGAACGCGGUGCAGAAAGUGUGUCUCGUCUUGAGCUCACUAAUUAAAACUACACGUGCUCAUUUUCAAAACGAAAAGCGACUGUUAGACAGGAUACGACUCUGAUACUGGGGGCAGCCGAAGGGUAAGCAAAUGAAAAAAGGGUCUUAAUCCGUUGUGCGAUAUAGCCUUGUAAACCCGCGAAAACUUGUGUCGAUUUAGGGUUUAAUCUUAUGAUUGUAGGUUUCGGUUCUGGAGGGGAGGGUUCGUUGAUUCAUUGGAUGUUCAUUCUAUUUCAUACUAUUCAAGUAAAAGUUCACAGAUUUAACUUACAGACUGCCUUGAAUAAUAUGAAUAGUCAAUUAAUUAAGAUAAAAUAAAUUAAUUGGUAUAUUGAAUGUGUGGUGGGCAAAGUAGAAUUUGCUUUCGAGUUAGCCACCACCUACUUUAGAAUAAACAAAAACACACUGAGAUUUGUUGUGUGUACAAAAAUGCUGCUCUUUGUGUGAAAGGAUGAAAGGGUCUUUCGCUGACUAACACAUUAAAAUUAUUAUUUAUAAGAAGAAUAAAAUUAGGCCCGAUUCAAAAGCCGAACUUUUCAUGAGCCGAACCUAAUACAUUGAAUUAAGUACAUGAAAAGAUGGGCGUCUGAAUCAAUUAGGAACGCAUGUUUCAAUUUGGAACGGCUCAGCCGGUCUUUUAUCCUAGCCUGGCCGAGAAUUUCGCCUUUGAAGCGACUUUGGAACAGCUUUGGUUCAGACGUCGAACUUUUCAUGUACCGAACCUAAUACAUAAAUUAUUACAACGUAUUCGGUAAGCAAUUCGACCGAAAUUAGCAUUUUUCGAAUUUGAACUUAUAGGCGUCUGAAUCAAUUCGGCCGGUCUAAAUAAUUUGGGUCGGCCUUAAUUCGAAUUAGGUUCGGCUCAUGAAAAUAUCGGCGUCUGAACCGGGCCUUAUACAGUCUGUCAAUGUCAGUCAGGUCAGACAGUAAAAUGAUUUUAUCAUGACUGUAUUCGCUUACUUCUAGAUCUCUCUAUCCCCUCAAAACAGGGGUUAUAUGCUUCUGCCCAAAAUGAAAAUUCCCUACGAAAGGCAAAGCUUAUAGCUCCUGAAUCCCGUAAGUAGCGGUCGGUACCGACUGACUGCUCGUGCAUGCAAAGGAAACUACAACAGCUGUAUGGACUGCUGGUCCCGGGUGCUGGUCACUCUUUCCGGAACAAAUGGAAAUAAGCUUGAAAAAGUCUACCCUGUGUAUAGCUAGCCUGCGCAGCUGGCGGUAUUGUGUGAUCAAAGUUUUGGCGGCGGAGCCGCGAUCCAAAAAAAAAGGAGUGGGGACGAGGCGUUUGAAAUACGUAUUUCUGGCGGCUCCGCCGCCAACUCUCACUCGACCUGUACAGCGGUUCCGCCGCCAAAUCUCCCUCGCCUAAUACACAAUACCGCCAGUAUUUCAAACGCCUCGUCCCCACUCCUUUUUUUUUGGAUCGCGGCUCCGCCGCCAAAACUUUAAUCACACAAUACCGCCAGCUACGCAGGCUACCCUGUGUACAGCCACUCCAUCUUCUAAACAAAAUCAAUUUGUUUGAGGGGAGGGGAGACUAUGUUUACACUGGACCGGAUAGCAGCUUUUGCACCGACACGAAAACCAAACAGGAUAGGGCCUCUGUUCACACAUGAGAACGGUGAUUUCGGCUCGAUUUCUGCAACGGAGCGAAGCUGCCACGCCGCUCUGAUCUCUAAAGUGGAGAGUCACAUAUCAUGUCGCAUAGGUGUUUAUAUACUCUACACCGGAUACGACGGAAAAGCUAGCCGGUAUUAUAAAUAUGAACAUAGCCUUAAUCUUUGCCAGAUUUUUUUGCCACGCAUGUGGCACGGGUGGGUGAGGGGGGGAGGCGGGUACCCCUUAUAAGGGUUUAAUGGGGACGUUCAGCCAGCCAGGGUAUGUUUUUCGGAAUUUUUGUCUUAAACAGGGUAUCGAUUUCAUCAUUUUUUGUCUUAAACAGCGUAUCUUUUUAUAUAGUUUCGUGAUUGCCAAUGGAGUAAAUACGAAAGAGUUUCGAUAUUUAUUAUUGUCUUACACAGGGUAUGGUUUCGGGUUAAAUGUCUUAAACAGGGUAAGGGUAUGAGGGGCCGGGCCACACCUCCCUACCCAAGGAUAUAUCGAGUACCCCCCCCCCCCGGGGGGCAUGUGGCCCCUUUUAGCUUUCUUAACUUUCUUUUUGCUGUUACUGUUUUUGUUGUUCUUCUACUAGACUGUUAAGCUCCACUUCCCCGAUUAAGAAAAUACCCUAGGUGAAGGUUACGUGUUCGCGACGUAGUUCAGUUUUUCUUUUUGCCCAUUUUCCUUGCAGCUCAGAGAGUUCUAAAAAUAAACAAGAACCUCAUCGAAAAGAAAAGAGGAGAAUGCGUCGAUUUUCGGGCUGAACAUUACUUCGCGCUCAACUCAUCGUCUACAUUUGUUUGGAAAAAACAGCAUACUUCGACAAUGGUUGAAAAUGAUCGCAUUAGUAUCUCAGGAAAUCGGAGAACGCUUCGAAUAACACACCUAACAGAGGUGGAUACGGCGUUAUACUCAUCCGAGGUCUUGACAACAGGGGGCCUGGAAGUGACCCAAUACUGGCUGGUUGUCCGAGGUCGGUGGUGGUCUGCUCUUUACAUUUUGUAUUUCGUCACGCAGCCCUUCUUCCCUUCAAAGAGAAACCGUGGGUGGCCACUCCUUUAGGGAGGGGGGUUGGAAAAUUUUGAAAUAAAUUUUUUGCAGAGGCUGUAAACACUGAAAUAAAUUGUACGCAAGAAAAAAAAUGUGUUUGCAGGAAGACCUAGACAACAAAAACUGUUUGCAGUAGGACCCGCUUACAAAAAAGUAGGUAUAUGUGAAAAUUUUCCAGCCCCCGUCAAAAACUUAAUAGUGGUCGGUCCCUUAUUUGGCCUAUACGGGUAUGUGCCGCUGAACAGGGUAUUGAGUUUUAAACAGGGUAUACAAUUUUACUGUUCAGUGUCUUGAAAAGAGUGUGUUCUGGAGCGGAAGCCUUUAAGAGAGUGUGAAGGGUGCAGAUGAACGGUCUACAUUUGUGGCACCGCUUCUGCGGCACACCUCUACCCAAACUUCCCUUGAGCGCCCCCGCCCCUCCACUGAACCACUGUUUCAGCAGACUUUCGUGGGGGAUGGAGGAUUGUGUAACGAGCCAAAAGAACGUCUGCAUGUGAGGCCAUACCAGUAGGGGUAUUGCUUUUUCCCCGUUUAGAAAUCAUAGAAAUUAUCGCAAAAUCAAUUUAUAGUUUGCUAUAUAGCAGCAGUGACAGUCUCCUCGAUGAUAUUCGGGAUUUUUUUCGGAUGUAUUCUCCUUCUCCCAGGCUUUGCUAUCAAAAGCAGCUUAGGUUUCACCUUAAAUUUUCUGUAAUAGUGCUUUUCUUCGCUCUCUAGGCUGUGAAGUUAACGAGAAAGAGACUGAUUUAAAAGGUUGUGAAAAAGCCUGCCAAGGUUAGUAAGAGAGCAAUAGUUUCCCAAUAUUUUCUUUUACUUUGUAAACUCUGUGACCGUAUAGUGUGGUAAUGGCAGUAUGAAUUGCGAGCACAUAGUCAACACUUCUACACUACAAUCACGGCAGAUGCAAGGUAACAUUGCGUUUACAGAUCAACCAGAUUCAAAGAUAGGCUUAUCCUGUUUCAGGCUGUCAGAGAGCACGCACGGCCCAGCCUAAAAAACAGGCGCUACUCAGCCGAGCGCAAAGAGCAAGAGACAAGCGUGGGGACGCCUACAGGCGAGGGUUCUCUUACCCUCGUCUUGCGCUCCGCGCUCGGUUGAAUGACGCCCGUAAUUCAGGCUAGGACGGCGCGAAGUGAAGAACGGAGAAGAAAAAAGAAGGAAUCGCCGCGCCCCACUAUCUGAACACUCGGAACAGACUAGCUGUAGGUACCUUCGGGUUGUCUCCUUAGGCAAUAAACGUUGCUCCACAUAGUCUUCCUGCCUCUUUCUAUCCAGCUUUUUAGCUGGAUAAAAGCCGGACACUGCUUCAUGGUGCUCGACUGAUGGGUUUCUACCCAGAGAAUUUAUCUAUUCGACAUACCUUUGUACCAUUAGGAUUAGCACCUGACUGAUCGUAUUUCUUUCAUAUUUUUCAAAGCGGUGUGUGUGAAAGACUGGCAUCAUUUCAAUGGGAAAUGCUUUCGCUACUUCUCCAGUCCAAAGACCUGGUUGAACUCUUAUUACUACUGUCAGGCAGCUUUUAGAGCUAAACUCGCUACAAUUGAAAGUAAAGAGGAGAAUCGGUAAGAAAGCAACCUAUGGCCUUCAAAUCUGCCCCCAGGGUCUCUAGUCUACCUGUCCCUUGGACGAAAGAUGAACGGUCCCGAGCCGGGAACGACGUCGUGCGACGGCCUUGUGUGUAAAAACCCGUAUUACCCGAACGAGGUCUUUUCGGAGGGUUUUUUUUGCGAAGCUUUGCUUAAAUGAAUUCCCCUGAAGGCAGUACAGUUUUUUUGCUCGUUUGAUGUAAUUACACGUAACGACCAUUUGAGAUCAACAGAGUGGGGACUAGGGCAAAAAGACAAAUGGGGCUUAAGCACUUAAAACGCCAGUAAGUAAGUAAGUAAGUAAGUAAGUAAGUCAGUCAAUAAGUAAGUAAGUCAGUCAGUCAGUAAGUAAGUAAGUCAGUCAGUCAGUAAGUAAGUAAGUCAGUCAAUAAGUAAGUAAGUAAGUCAGUCAGUAAGUAAGUCAGUCAGUCAAUAAGUAAGUAAGUCAGUCAGUCAGUAAGUAAGUCAGUCAGUCAAUAAGUAAGUAAGUCAGUCAGUCAGUCAAUAAGUAAGUCAGUCAGUAAGUAAGUCAGUCAGUCAGUCAGUCAGUCAGUCAGUCAGUCAAUAAGUAAGUAAGUCAGUCAGUAAGUAAGUCAGUCAGUCAGUCAGUCAAUAAGUAAGUAAGUCAGUCAGUAAGUAAGUCAGUCAGUAAGUCAGUCAGUCAGUCAAUAAGUAAGUAAGUAAGUCAGUCAGUCAGUCAAUAAGUAAGUAAGUCAGUCAGUAAGUAAGUAAGUCAGUCAGUCAGUAAGUAAGUCAGUCAGUCAAUAAGUAAGUAAGUCAGUCAGUAACUAAGUCAGUCAGUCAGUCAGUCAAUAAGUAAGUAAGUCAGUCAGUAAGUAAGUCAGUCAGUCAGUCAGUAAGUCAGUCAGUCAGUCAAUAAGUAAGUAAGUCAGUCAGUCAGUCAGUAAGUAAGUAAGUCAGUCAGUAAGUAAGUAAGUAAGUCAGUCAGUCAGUAAGUAAGUCAGUCAGUCAGUAAGUAAGUCAGUCAGUAAGUAAGUCAGUCAGUAAGUAAGUAAGUAAGUCAGUCAGUCAGUCAGUCAAUAAGUAAGUAAGUCAGUCAGUAAGUAAGUCAGUCAGUCAGUCAGUCAGUCAAUAAGUAAGUAAGUCAGUCAGUAAGUAAGUCAGUCAGUCAGUCAGUAAGUCAGUCAGUCAGUCAGUCAAUAAGUAAGUAAAUAAGUAAGUCAGUCAGUCAAUAAGUAAGUAAGUCAGUCAGUAAGUAAGUCAGUCAGUCAAUAAGUAAGUCAGUCAGUCAGUCAGUAAGUCAGUAAGUCAGUAGUCAGUCAAUAAGUAAGUAAGUCAGUCAGUCAGUCAGUCAAUAAGUAAGUAAGUCAGUCAGUAAGUAAGUCAGUCAGUCAGUCAGUAAGUCAGUAAGUCAGUCAGUCAGUCAAUAAGUAAGUAAGUCAGUCAGUCAGUCAGUCAAUAAGUAAGUAAGUCAGUCAGUAAGUAAGUCAGUCAGUCAGUCAGUAAGUCAGUAAGUCAGUCAGUCAGUCAAUAAGUAAGUAAGUCAGUCAGUAAGUAAGUCAGUCAAUCAGUCAGUAAGUAAGUAAGUCAGUCAGUCAGUUAGUCAGAAAGUAAGUAAGUAAGUAAUUAUGUAAGUAAGUCAUUCAGUCAGUCAAUCAGUCAGUCAGUCAGUCAGUAAGAAAGUAAGUAUGUAACUAAGAACUUUAUUAUAGUGUGGAGGUCGCUAGCAUACAAUGUACACUAAUUGGGGACACCUAACUACAAUUACUUGUCUAAUAGUCAAUGAAAUAAUCUAAUAAUCAAUAAAAUGUGAAAUGUAUGUCCACACGUAAAAUCAGUCAUUAGUUGUGACAUAAAAAACAUUCUUUACAAGUGCUGUCCAGCAGGCUUGUUAAAUUAACCAGUUUAAUAAACGCGUUUUGAAAAUGCUCAUAGAUUCAGACGAUCGAAUAGAUCUAUCGAGUUUGGACCAAAUGACAGGGCGUAGGUAGUUAGAACGUCUUCAGUAUAGGUAUCCUAAUUUGUUUUUGUUAUUUAUUUUUCAAUUUGCAGCUUUGUUGGCAGCCUUCUAAAAUCAGGCCAUGGAGCUUGGAUAGGUUUAAACGACAGAAGUAAUGAACACAAAUUUCUUUGGAACUACAACAGAUAUGAGAAACCGAGUCUUUUCUUCUGGGACAAGAGCGAUCCAAAGAACCCUGAGCCAAAUAACUUUAACGGUCAUUGUAAUGUUGAAACCUGCGUGGAGAUGAAAUACUCAAACAAGAAAUGGAACGACGUGGUUUGCAAGGCUCAUAUAGCUUAUGUAUGCCAGAAGAAUUCUAAAACAGGUGCGAUAUAUAAAUUAAAGAAGAAGGAGAAUUCAAACACCUGAAAGCUCAAAAACAUUUUCCGAGCUCCAAGCGGGAAUCGAACUCACGACCCUCCGAGUUCUAGUUCGGACGCUCUAACCACUGAGCUACUGGAACUAUAAUGGCGAGCAGGGUCGGAAGAGAUAGAGCCAAACUAUUGAAACGAUAUGGCCUUCUCUACACACCUGUAAAAAAAGAGACAGCCCAACAAACGUCAUUGAGAAAGUGUGACACCUAAAUUCAUUUGGUUGCUUUAUUUUUAAAAAAUCUAAACGUGUUUUGCAUCAGUUGAAUUCCAAAAAAUAAUAGUCCAGUAUUGUUAUUUGAGUUUAUCUUGAGGCAUUGUUUCGUUCCCAGGUUCUCUCUCCUCUCUCUCUCUCGCUCCGUAGGGACGGGUAGAACGAGGUUGGCAUUGAAACUGCCAACCUCGUCUUCAGGGUUUUCUCGCUUUCCAAUAUGGCGGUGACAGGAGAGAAGAUAUGCUACCGCCAUAUUGGAAAGCGAGAAGACCCUGGGGACGAGGUUGUGAAACUGUUUCCUGUAGUCUGUUGCUACUGAUGGCAACGAUGGACAUGGCCAAGUUUCAAAUCGAAAGGGGCUGGGUACGAGUCGAUUAUUAUUUGAUAAACAAUACGAGACCCAUAUAUCAGAACGAGCACAUUGAAAUCAGCAACAUUCUCAAGUUCUGUGUUUAUCGGGCUUAUAUUGAACGAGAUACAUCCAUUCAAAAACUCCAAAAUUUACUAUUAAAGUAAUAUAUAGACGUCCGAACAACCAUACAUCUCUUCUAAAUUUUCAAGUUUAUGCAAAUAGCUGUAUCUUGUUCAAUAUUGACCCGAUUGACACCAAACUUCAGAUUUUUUAUAACCUCAAUGUGCUCUUUCUGACUAUGCUGGUUUCGUGUCGUUUAUCCCAUAAAAAAAACGCAUAAAAAAAACCGACUCGUACCCAGCCCCUCUCGAUUUGAAACUAUGCAAUGGAUUCAAACUUGAAAAAGUUGGGCUAACUUUUUCAAGUUUUAUAUUAAUGCUAUGCCUGCUAAAACCACCCAAAAGUUAUUAUCCAAGAAAGAGGUCUGUGUAACCCGAACUAUCGCGAUUACCGCUGAUAACUUCAGUUUUAUCUCGUUCCCAGAUCUCUCUGGAUGGAGGUGCCAGAAUGGAAAGUGCUACUUGUAUGUCCGCGAUACAGUCACAUGGGACUGGGCACAACAACGCUGCCGAAGCAGGAAUGCUACUUUAGUAACGAUAUCGAGUUCGUCAGAAAACAGUUUUGUUGGAAGUUUAAUAAAAACCAACAUCUGGAUUGGACUCAACGAUAGAGUAGAGGCUGGUACGUGGGAUUAUAUAUUUUCACGAUAUCUGCUCGCGCAAAUUCGCACACAAACCGUAAUUUUCCAAUGAAAUGAAGAACUAUACAAAAUGCAAUAUGAGCAAUACCGAAAAGAAAUGAGAGAAAAACUUGUUUGGUGUAUUGAAGCGCAUGUUAUAUAUUUGAUGGCAUGUUAUUCAAGACACACGUAUCCGGAUAUUUUUGAAUCCGCAACUUAUCCUUUCUGCAUAAGGCUUCCGUCCACUUGCAUCAGGUGAAUCCGGCAUACGAAUCCGCUCUCCAGAGUUGAAAUUUUUGAAUACGGUAUGAAUCCUGAAUCGUUUGGACGCUAAAUCCGGAUAUUUUUUAAUCCGGUGACGUGACAAGAUCGAGCCCAGUUCUUUACGGUGAAUACUGUAUUUAAGAUGGCAACCUCGUUCCCAGGUUGUCUCUCUUAUCCGUCCAAGGAGAAGUAGGAGAGGACACUGGGAACGAGGUUGUUCACGAUGGCUGCCGCCUUAUGACGCAUGCUCUGUGGUCAAUAUUCCCAGAGGUGUCCUGGGUACUAGAGUGAAUCCAGGUACGUGUCGGAUACGUGUGGACGGGUAAAUUCAUCCUCGGAGACCCGAAAGACUAAACGGGCGGAAAAAAAUGGUGCGAAGAAAAGUAAAGAUCUCCGAGGAUGGGGUAAAUUCGAUUUGAAUACGGAUAGGUGUGGACGUGGAAAUUUUUAUAAUCCAAAAAGAAAAAGUUGCGGAUUCAAAAAUAUCCAGAUACGAGUGGACGGGGCCUAAAUCUUAGCCCCCUACGCAGACGUUUUUAGGCCUUCGUCACGCGCUCCUUCUCCACGCCGACGUUCGUGGGGGAGGAACUCGUGACGAAGGCCUAAGGACGUCUGCGUGGGAGGUUAGGACAAUCUACGAUAGUCUGCUAAACGUUUGGUGGUUUUGAAGCUAUUAGAAAACCUGUGGAAUAACUUGUUCAUUUGUACGGAGACGAAACGUGCAUCACCAUAUAUCGUCAUCAUUUUCAUAAUCAUCAUCAUUUUCCCCAUCAUCAUCAUCAUCAUCAUCAUCAUCACCAUCAUCAUCAUCAUCAUCAUCAACAUCAUCAUCAUCAUCAUCAUCACCAUCAUCAUCAUCAUCAUCAUCAUCAUCAUCAUCACCAUCAUCAUCAUCAUCAACAUCAUCAUCAUCAUCAUCAACAUCAUCAUCAUCAUCAUCAUCACCAUCAUCAUCAUCAUCAUCAACAUCAUCAUCAUCAUCCUUAACAUCAACUGACUUCUUUAUAUUUGCAGUAUAUAAUGUUUCUAUCCAUACUAUUAUAGGUUUGAGAAACAAAUACAGUUUUAAUUGUAUUUUCACAGGAUUAUACGUCUGGAAUGAUAUUGGCCAAGGUCAGUUCAGCAAAAGACCCUCUUACCUUAACUGGGAUAUCGGAGAGCCAAACGAUCGUCAUUACGAUCCUUUCAAAACACCUCAGAGAUGUAAAGGAGAAGAUUGUGUUCAGAUCAAGAGUUGGAAAGACGUUGUUAGUUGGUUUGACUUGAACUGCAACAUUGAGUUGCCCUUCAUUUGCGAAAAGAGUCGAGGUAACGGAACGUUUUUUGUUAAGUUUUAAAAUGCUUAAAGAAGUGCGCAAAAUCAUGGUUAGAACCAGCUCGUUACAUUAACAGAAAGAAAGCAAGCGUUACGUUACGUUAGUUACGGUUUCUGUGCCACACUUCGGUGUAGUUUGAACAGGUUUUAGGACGGCAGUGGAAGUGAAUGAGUAAGAGCCAGAACGGGAACCCACUAAGACGAAAGUGUUGCAGCAGAGGAGUGAUAAUAGUGCACCAAUACCUCUCGACCAACAGCUCCGGUCGAUGCUCAGUGUGUGUGGACAAUUUGCUCCAGUUCUGGUCUGUUUCUGUUCAUACCAGCCAGAGUAAUUUUCAUGUCAGCAUGAAAAGAUAUCAGGUUAUAUAGUGUCUGUAGUGUACACUCAGCCUAAGUUAGUUGCCAAAGCAUAAGAUAAAUCGAACCAUGAAAAAAAUCUUGCUCUAACUCAUUUUCAUUUCUCUGGUUAUUUUCAGACCCAUAUUUAAGCUUUGCUGCGUGGAUAGCUAUCUCCAUGGGAGCUGGACUUAUAUUAAGCAUAUUUGGAGGACGAGCUUACAUGGAGUAUAAAACGCGGAAAGGACGGAAAGAACUCAAGCAGCUAAUAGUAGAAUCCGGGGAUUAAUGGUGAAUGAAAAUCGUGACAGGAGUAUGCCGACCUUUUUGGCCUUGCAGGCAAGGCCUCUGAAGAAGAUCAGAGCCCACAAGUCUUUGAAGCCUAAGCUAGAAUUCUGAACAAUAAAGAAAGAUCUCUUAGAGCAUGGGGACAAUGGAAUAAUGGCAGCUCUAUCACGAAACACUUUCUGAUGUAGUUCACAAAGAGAAAGUUUUGCUCUUUAAAAGACUAAGGCGACUGACUGGGUGUAAGUGUACAGGCACUAACUUACGCUGAAAAUCAAGGCUAGAGAUUUUGCAGGAUGCUUCGCAACCCCUGCCAGCACCAAAGGGGCACAGAAUCUACUUUUAUCAUAUGGUUUAGUAUAGUGUCUUCUGCUAUACAGCCGUUUUUAGCGUCGUCACGCAACACUCCUCCCAACCAACGGCUGCUGAGAACCGAACCACAUUCCUUUCCCACAUUUAGCCGAUUAGAAUUCAUUCAGGUUCUAUUUUCUGGAAGGUGUUCGAACCACGGUCACUCAUUCAAACACGGCCUUGAUUGUGGGGAGGAGCGUUGCGUGACCACUCUAAAAACGGCUGUGUAGCAGACUACGUAGGUUUAGUGCGCCCUCGUCUCUUUUUGAGCCACAUAGGUCAGGGCUUCGUUAUUCGAGAAAUAGCACAAAUCACAUUGAUGAGGGCGUACAGAGAAUAAGAGCUAGAGACGAAAGAGAAGGGCUCCACUCCCCAAACCCCGACGGAUCCUUCUCUUUGGCCGUACGUGGUACAUAAGCAACGGCGACCGCGACAGUGACGGCAACGAGUACGGCGAAAAGAGAAAAGGUUUAGAUUAGCAGAACAACAACUUUGCACGAGCAUCACGCUUUUCUGUACAUUUCUUUGUCGUCAGUGUAUGACUACGACGUGAAAGUGCUUAUUUUCGCGUUUUCUUGAGGAGGUAAACACAAAAUGACGAUUUUAUAAAUCUUUUGAGAAAACAGUAGAAUUCAACUCCAGAAAAAUUCGCCAAAUUAAAAAAUUUGAUUAAACGACAUGGAAUAAGAGAUACGAAUUUAAAACAGCGAGGAUUCACCGUUUAAGAGACGUUUUCUCCCACGUCGUCAUUGUCGUCGCUUCCCACGUCUGAUGCCACAAGCAAACACUUGACAAAAGAAACCAUAGAUCCAAUUAUUUAUCAUCUGGACACUUUAUUGACAUAGCUGUGUGUCUAUUUAUGUGGUGAUUUUCGUAUAGAGUGAAGUACAGGAUAGUGCUCCCUUUACAGUAAACUCAUUCCCAGUGCCUUUACCUCAAAGUGGGAACGCUACGACUUGGAAGGGAAAUGCCAUGCGCUAUUAAACAC